UCUAGUACUUUCAAAAUGUCUAUGUUGAUCACCAUACUUCUAAAAGUGACGAAUUAAGAUUAAAGUAUAAAGAUAAAGAUGAAAGUAUUUAAAAUAUAAAAAUUAAAAUAAACCAAAAUAAAAAAUACAUACCAAAAUGGACAUUUUCAAAAGCCCAAUCUCCGUUCUCACGCCAAAUAACCGUAUUAUGGUUUCUUGUAUGGCGCGCAUCUUAUCAAGGGACAAAAAAAAAAGUAAAAACUGAAGAAAAAUAAAGAAAAAAGAAUAAAAACUCUUUUAUUAUCAUAUUUUCAUCCUCCACUCCCCAUCUCUCUGUAUUCCUAAAAUUUUUCUAGCCACCCAGGAAAUGGCAGAGCCGUUAUCGGAGUCGUCAUCAUGGGCGGAGCUGACUCACGAGUGCCUAACCAACAUCCUUUCUCGGCUAACCAUCGAGCAGCGGUGGCGCGGCCCCAUGCUCGUUUGCAAGCUCUGGCACCGCGCCGCCACCGACCCUUCUCUCUUCUCUCACUUCGAUCUCGAACCCAGGUUCGAGUCGACCCCCACCGAGUCUCCGGCCUGGUGGUCGCCGGAGUUCGAGACCAAAAUCGACUCCAUGCUCCGAUCUGCCGUCCAUUGGAGCCUUGGAUCUCUUUCCCUUAUUCGGAUCAGACACUGCUCCGAUUCAUCUCUCGAUUUCGUCGCUCAAGGGUGUCCAAAUCUUGAGGUUCUUUCCAUCAAGAGCUGUGCCAACGUUACUGAUAGAUCAAUGGCUAAGAUUGCUCUUGGUUGCCAAAAGCUCCGGGAAGUAGAUAUCAGCUACUGUCACGAAAUCUCGAACAUAUCAUUGGCGUUAAUUGGCAAGCAUUGUCCAAAUAUCAAGACUAUAAAACGAAACUUUUUCAACAAUCUAGAUCCUUCCCAACACAAAGGAAUUGUCCCUGACAAUUAUCUAAAUUCAUGCCCUCAAGAUGUGGAUUCAGAAGCUGCAGCUAUUGCAAAAUUCAUGCCCAACUUAGAGCACCUUGAACUUGGUUUCUCUAAACUAUCUGCUAAAGCUCUAAGUUUGAUCUGUGAAGGGUGUCCUAAACUCAAGUUCUUGGAUCUGUUUGGGUGUGUGAACUUGACAAGCCGUGAUAUAGCGAAUGCUACAUCAAGUAUGGAAAAUUUGGAGAUUAGGAAACCCAAUUUCUAUAUUCCGAGGUCGGUCUUUCACACGGAGAGGUAUGGCCAUUGGAGGUUGUAUGAUGAGAGAUUCCAAACUGAUAUUUUCCGAAUUUGAUGGAGGACAGUCAAAUGCAGGGUUGAUGCUCUCCGAAUGCUAUAUGUAUCACUGCACUUAAAAACCAAGAUUAGUGUUGUUUUCCUAAGUUGUACAGUUCUUAAUUGUUCUGUUUCAUGAUAGUUACAAUCCUGUAUUUUCUUUUGAACUUGUAUGGUGGAUUGAUGUGGCACAAGAUUUGUAUAACUUUUAGUUCACAGCAUAUAGGGUUUCAGGUUUAACCUUGUACAUCUGUUCAUGUUAUUGUUUCCAAGCUUAUUGAACCAUUUUUCUAUAUUCCUCUGAAACUCUUAUUUUUCUCCAUCAAUAUCACUAGUCUAAACAUCUUUGAUUUAAA